AUGAAAGGCUCCGGUAGUUGGCGGAAGAGAGUAGUGGACUUCACUUGCUCGUCAAUACUGUACGUUUCGCUGGCCUUUGGGCUUCUGCCUUUCAAAUACGACGCCAGUUGCCGCAAAUUGUCGCGGUCCAAGUGGCUCAUAUGUUACAGCAUUGUGCUGAAUGGAGGCCUUGUUUGGAUGACCCUUACCCUAAACGUAGCGGAGUCCUUGCCCCUGGAAGAGGAGAUAUUCCGUCGCAGUCCACUGUCAAAGCAAAUAAGCUCGCUCCUCAGAAUGCUUAGUCUGAGCACAACUUUGCUUGCAUUCUUCCGCACUUGGUGGCGAAGUGGAGAACUCGCAAGCGUUUUGAACGAAUUUAUGGAACUAGACACUUUCUUUUCCCGGCACUACAGCUAUAAAAUGGACAUGAGGAGCUGCCUCGUUUUUGACAACUACAUUGUCUACAAAGCCGUGUUCAUAGUACUUGAGAUUUCGUCAACGCUCUUUACGGAAUACUCCUUUUCGCCCAUCAGCAGCUGGCACCACUUUGUGGGAAUCUUGGCACUAGCGACGCAGCACUUGGAGGUGCUCCUAAUGUCCAUGCACUUCUACCUCGCUGUGAUUCACACUUAUCGCUACAUCUGGACCAUUAACAGACAGCUACUGCGUCUAGCCAAUAAUUGUUGGACUCAAGAUAAUGUUGUAGAUGUGGCAGAGGUUGAAAGAAUGCUGCAAGUCUACAAGCGUCUGCUAGAGCUGAACGAUCGGCUCGUUAUCCUCUACGACUUGCAGUCCCUGCUGCUGAUGAUGACCCUGCUUUGGGCCAACAUAAUAACCGCGUUCUUCUUUGUUGUGAUCAACUUCAGUCUGAGGAAGAUGACAGCUUUCAUGGCGCUGGUCGUCAUUCCACAGAUUACGAUUAUAAAUUGCUGGGACUUUUGGCUAAGCAUUGCGGUUUGCGAGCGAGCCACGUGUGCGGGUCGGGCUACUCCUGCGAUCCUGAAACUGUUUAGCGAUUUUCCGAAACUAGAAGGGGAACUAGAAAGGGCGCUGGAAAUGUUUGCCUUAUGGCUUAGCCAUUGCCGUUUACGAUAUCGGUACUGCGGUCUCUUCUAUAUGGAUAAUGCACUCGGCUUUAAGAUGCUCGUGACUGGCGUUCUGUAUUGGAUAGUCUUGGUGCAAUUUGAUUUCAUGAAUUUAUAA